AUGAUGCGGUCCUUGUUGGAAGGCUAUCUGCCAACUUUCAAGCGCCAUCCACUAGGGUGCGAGGCAGAGUCUCUCUUGAUCCUCAAGCCUUCACAGCAAAUGUGCUACUACGAUAAUAAACUGUUUGGUGGAUAUCUUGCUCUGUUGAUGGACCGUAUUCUGGCCGAUUGUUGCAAACAAUGCAAACCAGCAGUCACAGCCUAUCUGAACACCUCUUUUGUCCAGUCUGUCCCACCAACAGUACCGAUACUUCUUCGUGCGUGGCCAGACAAGGUUGAGGGUCGCAAAUUGUAUUUGAAAGGGUCCAUUCGGAUUCCAGGAAAAGCCUCUCAAGGUUGGGUUGAGGCCAUCAAAGCGGAUGCUCUCUUCAUACGGCCACGGGGUUGGGAAGAAGAAGAGAGUGGUUAG